CUUGUCACCCGCGGUCGCUUCGGGCGGGGAUCGGUGCCACCGAGCGCAAAGCCUGCCUCGCCCCCCUUCCCCGUCCCCCCCAUCUCCCACCGCCCAGUCCCCGGCGGCGAUGAGACAGAGCGGCGCCUCCCAGCCCCUGCUGAUCAACAUGUACCUGCCAGAUCCCGUCGGAGACGGUCUCUUCAAGGAAGGGAAGAACCCGAGCUGGGGGCCGCUGAGCCCCGCGGUUCAGAAAGGCAGCGGACAGAUCCAGCUGUGGCAGUUUCUGCUGGAGCUGCUGGCUGACCGCGCGAACGCCGGCUGCAUCGCGUGGGAGGGCGGUCACGGCGAGUUCAAGCUCACGGACCCGGACGAGGUGGCGCGGCGGUGGGGCGAGCGCAAGAGCAAGCCCAACAUGAACUACGACAAGCUGAGCCGCGCCCUGCGCUACUACUACGACAAGAACAUCAUGAGCAAGGUGCAUGGCAAGCGCUACGCCUACCGCUUCGACUUCCAGGGCCUGGCGCAGGCCUGCCAGCCGCCGCCCGCGCACGCCCAUGCCGCAGCCGCAGCUGCUGCCGCCGCCGCCGCCGCCGCCCAAGACGGCGCGCUCUACAAGCUGCCCGCCGGCCUCUCCCCGCUGCCCUUCCCCGGCCUCUCCAAACUCAACCUCAUGGCCGCCUCGGCCGGGGUCGCGCCUGCCGGCUUCUCCUACUGGCCGGGCCCGGGCCCCGCCGCCACCGCUGCAGCCGCCACUGCCGCGCUCUACCCCAGUCCCAGCUUGCAGCCCCCGCCAGGGCCCUUCGGGGCCGUGGCCGCAGCCUCUCACUUGGGGGGCCAUUACCACUAGACGGGGCGGUCGGGUGCCUGCGGCCUCGCCCUCACCCCCAGAGUCUCACCCGAUCCCAUCUGCAUCCCGGGGAGGGGCCCGGGAGCUUCCGUCAACCGUCCUCUAAUCCAGAGUUUACUCCACCUGCCGCACUUAGCAGGGGGACGGGACCGGAGCUCCUCAAUCCUUGUCUGAUACUAGAUUUGCUCCCGUCCCACCCCGCAGUCCCCUGAGGAGGGCGAUGUGAGCCCUCUUUCACUUUUUUUCUUCUCGGUCUCCAGGUCCCGGAGGGGAUUUGUGGACCUCUGUUGUCUCCCCACCACUCCGGUGCAUUUCCGCCUGGCUCCUAGAAGCCCCAUUCAAUAUCACUUCUCUUUAACGAGUGCCAAAUCUUUUCCCACUUUUGCUCUUCCCCGAGGAACUGCUCCCACCUCAACACGUGGAGGCCUCUCACGGUCCUCCUUCCUGGGACCUGAGCAGGUUUGGUGAAAGCCACCGUCCUCCGUGACACACGGCCCCCUUCCUCCUGUCCCCACACUCGCAGGAGGGCCCAGUGUGUUUCUUACCCUUUCAGCCCCAUUAAAGCUCCUGAGCUCUC